AUGUCAGGAGAGAGGAGCACGGAGAGGAGAUUUAGUGAUUCGCCCCGUCAGCCGCAGGAGGAGCAGCGGGAGGAGCAGGAAGAACAGCAGCAGGAAAAGGCGCAACAGGAGGAGCAACAGGAACAGCAGGAGGAGCAGCAGCAGGUGGAAAAGCAGCUGACGCAUGAUUACCUGGAGGGUAGACCUUUAGGAGUUUCUUACAAUCCUGCAGGCUCGCCCUCAUGCUGUGCAGCAGACCCGCAAGCCCAGGCGCACAAGCGCGCAGGCCCACUCUCAUCCUGCUCCCUGCUCCUGAGCCUGAGGGGGAGCCUCGGGGAGGGUGGAACUGGGGAAGGCGGGACUGAGGACGGGGAGGCUAGUGACCUGCGGACUGGUAUGGUCAGGGAGGAGAGAGGAGGGGGUGAGAGGAGAGGAGGGGAGAACAGAGGGGAGGAGAGAGGGGGGAUAGCGAGAGGAGAGGCGGAGAGAGGAGGGGUCGAAAGAGGUACCGGGAUGGAGAGAGGGGUAGAGGCGCAAAGAGGGCUGCGAGGGGAGAGUGCGUUGGAAGCAGGUAGAGGGGUUGGGUUAGGGAGCGGGGUAGGGGUGGAAAGUGGGGUAUGGGCGGGGAGAGGGACAGGGGUGGAAAAUGCAGGGGAAGUGAUAAGAGCAUCAGAGGAAGGGAGAGUGGGGGCGAGGGAAGGGAGAUGGGGAGGAGCGGAAAUGUUAAGGUUUGACAGGCAGUGGGAGGGUUUGAGAGGUGAUUGGGGAGACGCUGGGUUGCUGUGGCGGAGGGGAGGGAGAGGAGGGAGAGGAGGGGGAGGAGAAGAGGCGGAGGAGGAGGGGGAGGAGGAGGAGGCUGUUGCAGGGUUCAGCCAGGAGGAGCGUUGUGUGUGGAGGGGUAGGGAGAGACCAGGUACAGUUGGUGGCCAUGGACGGGGUGAAGGGUGUAAAUCAGAGGAGGAAGGAGGAGGAGGAGGGGGAGGAGGAGGAGGGGGAGGAGGGGGAGGGGGAGGAGGGGGAGGGGGAGGAGGAGUAGGAGGAGAGGGGGGAGAAGCACAAACAGAGAGGGGGAAUGGGUUUCCUCGGGCCCGGUCUCCCAUACCUAAGCAGUUUUCGCUCUGGAAAUCCACAGGCAGAAAUCGAGCCAAGCCAGGCGCAGGCUCGGCAGGAGGUCCGGGUCUAGGCCUGGAACUAGGUCUGGGAGUCGCCCUGGAGCCAGGUUCGGCAUUGUUCCAAGCAGAAAGGAGAAACCCUCAAGAAACCUCCACUCUGGAUUUCCAUGCAGGUGUGACAGCUGCUAUAGCUGCUAGGGGUGGGCUUGCAUCUGUCUCUGCAGCUGUGGCUGCCCGUGUGUCUUCUCCCACGUCUACUGUUGCUGCUGGGGUGUCUGUCUCAUCCCCUGCUUCCUCCCUUGCCUCUCAGCUGCCUUUCCUGGGUCGCGGGUCGUCUCUGCAUGGGCUUGAGUGGGGGAGAGAGAUGAGGGAAGGGAGGGAUUGGAGGAGGGACGGGAGGGAAGUGCGAGGAGGGAGGGAGGAGAGGGAGGAGAGGGAAGAGAGGGGAGAGGGGGAGGAGAGGGAAGGGGAGGAGUGGGAAGUGAGGGAACAGAGGGAAGGGGAGGAAGGAGAUGAGGGGAGGGAAGGAAGGGGCGGGCAACAGCAGCAGUCACUCCAGCAGCAGGAGGUACGGGCAGAGGGAUCUAAGAUGCUAAGCUUGCAGCAAGGUGAAUCUGCAGUGAGGGGUGAGAGGACGGGGAAGGGGGAGGGAGAAAGAGGGGAUGCCCAAGGGGGAUAUGCUCCAGCAGCAGUGAGGGGUGAGAGGAAGGUGGAGGCGGCAGAAGCACACAGGGAGAGCUGGGUAGAGCAGCCCUUUAGGGCAAGGGACGGGCAGGCAGGUGGAGCAGCAGGAGAGGAGGAGGGUCGUCUAAUGGGAACUGGAAUAGGCCGAGGGGACACGUGGGGGAGAGGGGGGUAUGGGGCAGGAGUGCAAGAGGGGUGGCAGGAGGGGAGGCAAGAGGGGAGGAAGGACGGAGUGGUGGAUGGGAUGGGUGCUUGCAUAGAGAAAACGGGAUAUUUGAGGUAUGGGGUGCAGGAGAAAGGGCAGGAGGAACAGCAGGAGAAAAGGCAGGAGAAAGGGAAGGAGGAAUGGCAGGAGGGGGCCCAGGCUGGGGGAGGUGCUACUGAGCUGGGGAACAGUAAUGCACUUAUGGGAGCGCUCUUUAGUGGAGCAGGUGCGGCUGGGGGAGGUGUAGCUGGGGGAGGUGCUAUUGAGAUGGGGAACAGUCACGUGGGGGUUGGCAUUUCAGUCCCGCAUGAGUUGGUGGGUGGUGGAGCAGGGAUGGGGAUGGGAAGAGGAGGAGAAAGGGGGUUCGAAUUUCUAGCCCCGCAUGACUUGGUGAUUGGUGGAGCAGCAGUCAGGGGUGGCUUUGGAUCCGCAAAGGAUGUUGGGACAGAUGGGGAGAAGAUGAGGGGAGUGGCUGGUGAGUGUGGGGUGAAGGGUGGGGAGAGAGAGCAGGAAGGAGAGAAAAGCAGUAUGAAGGGAUUGGAGGACGGGGAGGGGAGCAAGGAGGGAGGCAGUGAGGAGGAGGAAGUGGGGGAUGGGAAGGAGGUUGAGGAGGAGGAGCAGGAAGGAGGGAUGUGUGUGGGUGGGCGUAUGGAGGAGCAGGAGGGAGGAGAGGAGGGAGUGAAGGGUGGGGAUGAGCGUAUGGAGGAGGGGGAAGGUGAGAAGGGAGGGGAGGAGGGAGAGGAAGCGGGCAGGACUGACAAUGACAACAGGAAAGCAGAGGAGGAAGGAGACGGGGGAGAGGGAGCAGGGGGUGCAGAGGGGGACGAAGGAGGAGAGGAUGAGAAUAAGGAAAUGGGAGACGAGGAUAAGGAUAUGGAGUCAGAACAAGACAAAGCCGUGCCGAUCCCAGUCUGCCUGUGGUGUCUGGCGGAAGGUCAUUGGGCGGCGGAGUGUGCUGACCUGGCGAGAACCCGUGCGAGACACGCGACCAGUAGCAGGGAGACAGCUGGCAGGGACACGUCAGGUACGGGCCGGGCCACCACGGGCACUGGCAGGGAUACCACAGCAGCAGAAACAGGAGCAGCUUCAACAGGGGCAGAUGCAGGCGUAGCAGUAGGGACAGCAAAAGAGUUGACACUGAGAAUUGCAGCAGGCACGGUACCAGGUGCUGUAGCACACAGAGCCAUGGGUGCAGUAGCAGACGUAGGGGCGGAUGUAGGGGUAGCAGUAGCGACAGCAAGAGAGGCAGCACUAGGAAUUCUAGCUGGGGAGGUGCCAGCUGCUGCAGCGCGCUGCGAACCGGCAAGCACAGGUGCAGCAGCAGCAGCAGCAGCAGCAGCAGUAGCAGACCUGGCAAUACGAGAGGCAGGCAGAAGCACCAAUGUGCCUGAGAAUGGGGAGGGAGAGGCAGCGGGCUCAUGGAACGCUCCUGCUGUUUUUCCAAGCUGGUUUGCUCUCUUUGACCCACACAGUGCAGUGCAGGGCGGUGGCCGCUUGCCGCCUGCCUUGCUCGCUUCUAUCGAGUCGAUGCGCCUCUCCCGAAGGGAUACUGUCAAGUGA